AGAAAGAGAUAUGACAACUCGCAUCAUAAAAUCGGUAACCCAAAGAACCAACUACCAUGACGUACACUCCACUGGGAUUUCACUAGUACAUCUCAAACCGAAUAUCUCAAGGUACGACCUAAAAUCACUCUUCUCGACGAUCCAUCCCAAAGCCGCAGGGCAUAAUUUCCUGGUCAUAGCCAGUCACUAUCUGGUGGGAAGUAUUAUGGAAUAUGCGAAGUCUUCCAAUCUUGUCGACACCAUCAACCAAUGGUUGUAUGUCAUCGCCGAUACUGAGAAUGCUACCCGAGAAAUGGAGGUUUUCCACAAGUAUUUGGGGGAAGGAGACAACGUGGCUUUCAUUUACAAUACGACAGUGACAUCGGAAAAUUGUGUGGGUGGAAGAAAAUGCCAAGUAGAAGAAGUGCUGAAAGCUUUCUGUACUGCUCUGGAUGAGGCUAUCCAAGAUGAAUAUGAUACCGCAAGUCAAAUUGCCGAAGAGGAAUGGGAAGCAAUCAGGCCAAAUAAAGUUGAAAGAAGAGAUUUUCUCCUGAACAAAGUCAAAAAAUUCAUUUCUAACAACGGAGUUUGUGACAACUGCACAUUUUGGGAGAUAAAAACAGGUGAUACUUGGGGAGCAGAGUACCAGAGGUACGAGAAAACUUCGAAGACUCAGAUUCUCCCUGUAGGAAUAUGGAGGCCAAGUGAUGGAGCUACUAUGACCGACGAAUUGUUUUUGCAUGCUGCUCACGGCUUCAGGGGCAAAUUGUUACCAAUGGUGUCAUUUCAUAACCCUCCAUGGCAAAUCCUGAAAGUCAACAGUUCUGGGAACGUCAUCGAAUACAAUGGAAUGGUUUUCGACGUCAUGAGAGAAUUGGCAAAAAACCUCAACUUCACCUUCAGCUUAGAAAUCAUCCAAUCCCCGUUCACCAACAACGCGUCCGUAUAUGACAUCACGGAUUCGUUGACCAAUCACAUUCCGAGCUCGCUGGUGGAUAUGGUGAAAAACAAAACAGUAGCAUUGGGCGCCUGCGCAGUCACCGUGACUGAUCAAAUGAAAAAUUCCGUCAAUUUCACUCUGCCUGUCAGUACGCAGACGUACACUUUCCUGGUAGCGAGACCCAAAGAGUUGAGCAGGGCACUUCUUUUCAUAUCGCCUUUCACAGGAGACACUUGGAUAUGUUUAGCUGGAUCUAUAGUAUGCAUGGGACCAAUACUCUAUUAUAUACAUAAUCUGAGCCCAGUUUAUGAAUACAAAGGUAUUCCAAUGAGAGGUGGGCUAUCCUCCAUUCAAAACUGUAUUUGGUAUAUGUAUGGAGCCCUACUUCAACAAGGUGGUAUGCAUCUCCCUCACGCAGAUAGUGCAAGAAUUCUUGUGGGCUCUUGGUGGUUGGUGGUUCUAGUGAUCGCUACCACGUAUUGUGGGAAUCUCGUUGCUUUCCUCACCUUUCCCAAAAUUGAUAUUGCGAUAACCACUGUGGAAGAAUUGGUCGCUCACAGAGACACAGUGUCUUGGAGUUUUCGCGAAGGAAGUUUUCUGGAACAUGAACUCAGAGUUGCCAGUGCACAGAGAUAUCAAAUGGUUUACGAAAAAAGGUCAAGGAAACUUGAAACCAGCAUCGACAAUUUGAUUGGGAGCGUUGAACAAGGGAAACACGUCUUCAUCGAUUGGAAAAUGAAACUUCAGUUCAUUAUGAAGAAGAGGUUUUUGGAAACUGGGCGGUGCGAGUUUGCUCUAGGAACAGAGGACUUCUUCGAGGAAGAACUUUCAUUAAUCCUUCCUCAGGGCUCUCCAUAUUUGCCAAGGAUCAACGAAGAGAUAAAAAAACUUCACCAAGUGGGUCUCAUUCAAAAAUGGCUGCAAGAUUAUUUACCCAAGAAAGAUCAGUGUUGGAAGAAUCGCCAUCUAGUAGAAGUUAAUAACCACACUGUUAAUUUGGAUGACAUGCAAGGAAUCUUUUUCGUAUUAUUUCUAGGGUUUUCACUCUCUUCAGUUUUGUUGAUUAUCGAAACAGUUUGGAACAAGCACUUCCGGAAAAAACAGCUGAGUAUCAUACAACCCUUCAUGACUUGAAAGAAUUGAAACCAUAUGUGUUCGUAAUAACUAAAUACUUGAAUAUGUGAUUUCUGUAUGGGGAUCCAC